CUCUCUCCCUCUCUCUCUUUCUCUCUCUAGAAACCCAGCAAAAUGUAGAGAGAGAAAGCUCCACCAAUCAAUCAACCAUGGUGUCCUCAUCUCAGAACAGCAAUAAAAGCCUCCAUUCCCUCCUCGCCGCAAGGCUCACCAACCUCACAAUCCCGCCUUCCUCCUCCUCCUCAUCUCCGCCUCAAGACUUCGACUUCAACGACGUCUUCGGCCCCCCAACCGCCUCCAGCGACGCCGCGCCGCCGCCUUUGCUAGUCAUCCACAACCGCUCCCACUCCUUCGUCGGCCCCUCCCCGCGCUUCACCCCCACCUCCUCCUCCUUCCUCCGCCCCUUCGCCGCCGAAUCCGACUCUGAUGAAGACGAAAACGACGCCGUUUCCGAGAAAGAUGAGGAACCGGCGGUGCGGAAGUUCGGGCCUUCGGAUUUUGAGAUUCUCAGAGUCGUCGGGAGGGGCGCGUUCGGGAAGGUGUUUCAGGUGAGGAAGAAGAGGUGUGAUGGUGAGGAAGAUGGCGAUGGGCUUUAUGCUAUGAAGGUUAUGAAGAAGGAGACUGUGAUUAAAAAGAACCAUGUGGAUUACAUGAAGGCUGAGAGAGAUAUUCUCACUAAAGUUGUCCACCCUUUCAUUGUUCAGCUCCGCUACUCUUUUCAGACCAAGAGUAAGCUGUACCUGAUUAUGGAUUUCAUGAACGGAGGGCAUCUGUUCUAUCAUUUGUACCGGCAGCGGAUAUUCAGUGAGGAUCAGGCGAGGUUUUAUACUGCGGAGAUAGUGUCUGCUGUUUCACAUCUUCACAAGUGCGGGAUUGUGCAUCGGGACCUUAAGCCGGAAAAUGUUCUCAUGGAUGCUGAUGGCCAUGUGAUGCUGACGGAUUUUGGACUAGCAAAGGAAAUUGAUGAGGAUAGCAGAUCAAAUUCAAUGUGUGGAACCACGGAAUAUAUGGCUCCGGAAAUUUUGCUGUCUAAAGGGCACAACAAAGAUGCAGAUUGGUGGAGCAUUGGCAUACUUUUGUAUGAGAUGCUAAGUGGCCAGCCGCCAUUUACGCAUGCAAAUAGAAAAAAACUUCAGGAGAGAAUCAUCAAAGAGAAAAUUAAACUUCCACCUUACCUUACCACUGACGCUCACUCUUUGCUCAAAGGAUUGCUACAAAAGGAACCAUCUCAAAGGUUAGGCAGUGGCCCCAGUGGAGGUGAUGAUAUCAAACGUCAUAAAUGGUUUAAAACAAUUAACUGGAAGAAGUUGGAGGCGAGAGAACUGCUCCCAAAGUUCAAGCCAGAUGUGACUGGAAAAGACUGCACGGCCAAUUUUGACCGGUGCUGGACAACAAUGCCUCUAGAUGACUCACCAGCUCCUACACCAACAGCGGGUGAGCAUUUUCAGGGAUAUACUUAUGUGGCACCUAACACUUGGCUUUCAUCUGUAUAAUAUGAAGGCUGCUGCUAGAAAGGAUCGAACUGUGAAAUUAAAAGAGCAAAAAGCUAAAUGCAGAAAAGUUGAUUUCAAUCAUGGCCCUUUCCAAAUUGCCUUGUGUGUAAGGGUAAAAUCUGACUUGAGUAUAUGUUUAGCAUCUUCAGUCAUGUACAUUUUAUUAAGCUACAUGUGUCAAGCUACAUGCUUUAAUGCUUAUUUCAUAUCGAUCUGGUUCUGCUUUGCCCUG